UCAGCUCCUGCACACUGCUUUGUAUGGCUCUGCAUAGCAGAACCAUACAAAGCAGUGUACGUAGAGUUGAAAGCACAUACAGCUCAGCACAUAGUUAACCCUUUGAUCGCCCCACAUCUUAACCCCUUCUUGCCCAGUGCCAUUAAUACAGUGUCAGUGCUUUUUAUUAGCACUGAUCAAUGUAUUGGUGCCACUGGGGAUGUCAGUGACAUCAAGUCAGUUCUCCCCAGUGUCAGAAUGCCCGCCGCAGUCCCGCAGUCCCGCUAUAAGUUGCUGAUCGCCACCAUUACUAGUAAAAAAAAAAAUUCCAGUAUAUACUGCCAUUUGUAAACGGUAUAACUUUCACUUAAAACAAUUAAUUUA